CUUUCUGUUUCCGGCGAGAGGACCGGAGUGAGUGUUUACACCGGCGGCUCUGCGGCCGGGUUCCUUCCGCGGGACGGGAUUCUUUCGGCCUCAGGAUUUCUGACUCAUUUUUCUGAGCACCCAUAUAUGCCAGGCACUGGGGGAGAAAGAGAGAGCGCGAAAGAGAGAGGAUGUCUCUCUCAGAUUGGCACUUGGCGGUGAAACUGGCUGACCAGCCACUUGCCCCAAAGUCUAUUCUUCGAUUGCCAGAGACGGAGCUGGGAGAAUACUCACUGGGGGGCUACAGUAUUUCAUUUCUGAAGCAGCUCAUUGCUGGCAAACUCCAGGAGUCAGUUCCGGACCCUGAGCUGAUUGAUCUGAUCUACUGUGGUCGGAAACUAAAAGAUGACCAGACCCUUGACUUCUAUGGCAUUCAACCUGGGUCCACAGUCCAUGUUCUGCGCAAGUCCUGGCCUGAGCCUGAUCAGAAACCAGAACCUGUGGACAAAGUGGCUGCCCUGAGGGAGUUCCGGGUGCUGCACACUGCCCUGCACAGCAGCUCCUCCUACAGGGAGGCGUAUAGUCACAUCUCAGAGAAGAAAGAGGUUCAUCUGUUUCCUGGGGCUAUUGUUCCAUUGUGGUGGUGUAUAUGCAAGCACUUAGAGGGAAGAAGUACUUCAGCAGAGUGGGUUCUCCAGGACAAGGACCUCUUUUCUGUCUUCGCGGAUCCUAACAUGCUUGAUACGUUGGUACCUGCUCACCCAGCGCUAGUCAAUGCUAUUGUCUUGGUUCUGCAUUCUGUGGCAGGCAGCACCCCACUACCAGGGACUGACUCUUCUUCCCGGAGCAUGCCUUCCAGCUCUUACCGGGACAUGCCAGGUGGCUUCCUGUUUGAAGGGCUCUCUGAUGAUGAGGAUGACUUUCACCCAAGCGCCAGGUCCACGCCCUCUAGCAGCACACCCAGCUCCCGCCCAGCCUCCCUGGGGUACAGUGGAGCUGCCGGACCUCGGCCCAUCACCCAGAGCGAGCUGGCCACUGCCCUGGCCCUGGCCAGCACUCCGGAGAGCAGCUCUCACACACCGACUCCUGGCACCCAGGGCCAUUCCUCGGGGACCUCACCAAUGUCCUCCGGUGUCCAGUCAGGGAUGCCCAUCACCAAUGAUCUCUUCAGCCAAGCCCUACAGCAUGCCCUGCAGGCCUCUGGGCAGCCCAGCCUUCAGAGCCAGUGGCAGCCCCAGCUGCAGCAGCUGCGUGACAUGGGCAUUCAGGACGAUGAGCUGAGUCUGCGGGCCCUGCAGGCCACUGGGGGGGACAUCCAAGCAGCCCUGGAGCUCAUCUUUGCCGGAGGAGCCCCAUGAACUCCUCACUCCUUCUGAACCCCCAGCAAACUGCCAAGGCAGCCACCCAUGGAAGGCACUCCUGAAGGUGCCCCAUCUCUCCUUUAUCCAAUACACCUCAUGGUUGACCUUU